UUACAAGCCAAAUCGCAUCAACCACGCGCCUCCUUCACACGAAACGAAUUUUCUCGGUGUCGCACGACCGCCUACCAUCAUACGAAUCGCGAAAUACGCAGAUCUAGGGCCCUGGUCCGACGUAAAAGUCGCGACGUGGCGAAGAAACUGACCGUACUCGACCACGAACCCCAACAGGCACGAAUCGACGCGAUUUGGGCAUCUCCACAUCACCUAUUGCCGUUUACAGGACGUUAGAAAGGUCUUUGAACAUUGCUGCCUACGAAAUCACUUUGUGGUGAGCGGCGAAUCCAUCAUCAACAACACUACACGUCCCCCAGACGCGCCGGGAGCCUCACUUCAUGCCCACAUCAACAACUCACACAUCGAGUGGAUGCCUGGUGUAAAACGAACCAGCUGCGAGUCAUCAAACACAUAAACACUGGCGUAUUUUGUCUCCAAACUGGCGUCUGUCGUCACACUCGCCAUGGCAGAGCCGGCCAGGCUCAUGGGCCACUCAGCGAGCAACAACGACUCGGAGGACAACGAUAUUGAUGGAGAGUACGAAGUAGACGAGGAUGUCGACUUCGAUCAGAUUUCUGGAAUGAAAGGUGUGGAGGGAAACACUACAGAUGCAGAAGGAUCAGAUGUGGACGCGGAAGGCGAAGAGGUGGACGACGAUGAUGACGAGCCUGUGGGCGCUGUCAAGUUAGCUGUACCUGAAGAUUCAGCAUCAGAGGAUAAUGAAGAUAAUCUCGAGGAUGGUGAUGCUGCGGUGGAAUCCUUCUCCGAUGCCAAGAGUUCCGUGAGCGAUGAUUCAGCCUCGAACAGCUCAGAAUCCGAGAAUGAGAACGAAUGGCAAGGCGAAAAUGAAGAAGACGAAGAACGCGAAUCGGGGCGGGUGGACUCAAGCGAGUGCAUAUUUUGUGGUGAGGAUGAGGACCAUGAUCCAAGUCCAGAUUUUGAAGAGUAUCUCACCUGCAUAUCGUGUCGAGAUAACGCACAUCCGCAAUGCGCCCGCGACGCUAAUACGCUUAGCUCCGAUGAUGACCCGAAGAAAUGGCGAUGCACCGCUUGCCUCCAAGAUGCUCAACACCAGGACGACGCUGCAUCGGUGUCCGAAUCCAUCACCCGCCGUAGGUUAUCGUCUGUCCCUAAAGUCGCAAGGGAUCUGUUACCCUCUCAUCGCGGUGCCGACCCUGGUGGACAUUCCGUAUUUAACGAGUUGAUUCUUUCAGAUGAUCCCAUGGACGGUUCGCGGUCUCUUAGGAAGAGGAGGAAGUCGUCGCUCGACCAAGAAUCAGCGAUAGUGAGACAGAUGCGAAAGAAACGACGGUCAUCCGAACUAUCGAAAUCCGAGGUUGAAUCUACUCGCUUGACCACAAAAGAUGCGGUUAGCGAUGCUGGGACCGAUGCAGAUGAUGCCCAAGAUCCAACAGGGGAACACGAGAGCUCUCGACUACGUUCAGCCCGAGCGCGCCGCGGAAGUCGAUCACGGAACAAGAGAAACGAUAAACGACCUCUUGUUUGGAUAGAAGACGAUGCUAGAUUCGGGCCUCUGAGUUUAGUGGUUGUUUUCCAUCUCAACAAUGAGAAAGUCCAAAAGAUUGUCACGGCCAAACCGAAGAAGAAAGGUCUCGAUCCUCGACUUGAAGUUCGCCGUGAGAAAGAUCGGGAACGACGCGAGCGCAAUCGUAGAGCAGCAUUGCAAACUCGAGCAGAGUCACCAGAGGUCUCACAUUACCCUGCCAUUCAACCAAAUUACGGCGCAUUAUUCUACGGAUUUGCUGAUAAAGAGGUGGAUGAAUCGAAGAGUAAACCAUAUGGUGGCAUUCUGUCAGAAGCAGACGCAGAUACUUCCAAGACAUACCCUGCCCAGAUUGACAGGAAGAAGUUCGAGGAUGCGCGUCUCAAAGCAGAGGACGACUGGAAGAAGAAACAGGCCGCUCUAUAUGGCUCGCAGGAGGUUAUCAAGUCGAACAAGCAUCCUGCCCCUGCCAGCAAGAUAAAAUGCGUCAACUUUGGUGGCUGGGAGAUCGACACCUGGCACGCCGCCCCGUACCCAGAGGAGUAUAGCAAGAACAAGGUGCUGUACAUUUGCGAGUUCUGUCUAAAGUACAUGAAUUCUGAUUAUGUCGCAUGGCGGCAUAAGCUCAAAUGUCCAGCGAAGCACCCUCCUGGAGACGAGAUCUAUCGUGAUGGAAAGUAUUCCUUCUUCGAAGUAGACGGUCGCAAAAACCCGGUCUAUUGCCAAAAUCUGUGUUUGCUUGCAAAGCUGUUCCUCGGAUCGAAAACCCUCUACUACGAUGUGGAGCCGUUUCUCUUCUAUGUCAUGACGGAAAACGACCAAUUCGGAUGUCACUUUGUCGGUUACUUUUCAAAAGAGAAACGACCGAGUUCUCUAAACAACGUCUCAUGUAUCCUGGUAUUACCUAUACACAUGCGCAAAGGAUAUGGCCAGUACCUGAUCGAGUUUUCUUAUCUUCUCACGCGUGUGGAGAGGAAGACAGGCAGUCCAGAAAAGCCGCUUAGUGACAUGGGAUUGGUGAGCUACAGGAAGUACUGGCGUUUGGUCUUAUGUGAAGAGCUCCUGGAUCGAAAGGCGCCUCUCAGCAUCUCGACCAUCUCUGAGCGCACCGGUAUGACACCUGACGACAUCGUUUCGGCUCUCGAAGGACUGCGUGCUUUGGUUCGAGACCCCGUAACGAAGACGUAUGCGCUACGAGUCGACCGCAAUUACUUGAAACAGUACAUUGAAAAGUGCAACGCAAGUAACAGCCCCAAGAUAAAUCCGGAAUCGCUAGUAUGGACUCCAUAUGUCAUGGGUCGCUUGGGACAAUACGAAGAUGGUCCAGCACUGCACACGGUGCAACCACGCGAAGAGUUGGAGGACGAAGAAGACAAACCGGCACCAGAAGAAGGCGUUCAAAUGGAUUUGUCUACGAAAGAGAACGGAGUUUCUCAGGAUGACGCUGGGUCAGUGCCUACGGACGCCGAACCAAACACUCCCGCACUCCCAGCGGAUGAUUCAAGGAAUGGAUCACCUGGACCGGGAACGCCUCUCGCCAUGUCAACAGUAGCCUUGGCCGGAUCUCAACCCUCAACUACACAGCCUCCCAUACCUCCCAGCCGAUUCGAGGUGUUCCCUCCCAUUCCAGGCAUGCCGGCCGCGAAACGCAGGCCAGGCCGUCCCUUCGGCUCACGACGUCGUACCACGAGCACUCCUCAGAGAAUUCGAGGCACUCCACUCAGCAUAGCCACUGCUCCUGUUUCGAAGAUUCAACUCCCGUCUCCAAGUCGGAAUGGAAAUGGGAAGCAAUCGCCAUCAGCCAAUGGCUCAUUCACACCGAGUCUCAACAUAAGGCGCACAAGGAGCAGGCUUGGUGAAAGUGUAGUCAAUGGCAUCGACACCGAGGAUGCCGAGGAUGGUGGAGCUGUCAGAGCUGUUAAUGGUAGAAGCACGAGAAGCUCAACAGGAAGCCCCCAUCAUACAAAGAUCCAAAAGGGUAAAGAUAAGGCCCCAGAACUAGACGGGCCAGGAAGCGACGUCGAUGCUGAAGGUGAAGAUGAAGACAUCGACGCCGAGGGAGAAAUGGACAUCGAUGCUGAAGGAGAGUACGAUGAUGAAAUGGAUUUGGUCAUGGCCAAUGCUUAGGCAUAGGUCGAUUUUGUAAGCUGUGUUUGCAUCACUUAUAUGGAGAGAAGUCUUUCUCCGUUGCAUUUUAGGAGAACAGAAGGUGUUCAGGCGCUCUUCCUUUGAGGCGCCAUUGGUAACCUGUCGAGCGAGCUACACACUGACAUUGUAGCAUUAUGUUUUGACAUCGUAGAAUCAAGAUACCUUGGGAAGGAGUUUAAUGCAUUUAAUAUCGAG